AGAAAACAAACGGUUUUCGAUGCAAACAAACGCUCUUUGAAUGUUUUUUGGUGAAAAUUGUGUGGAAAAGUACGAAAAUUCAGGGAAAAACGUGAAAAAUUCGUGAAAUUUGUGUCGAGGGCAGCUCGUGAGCGGUGCGUGCGUUGGAGGAUUGUGAAAUUGGUGGAAUUUUCGUGGAAAAAAGAGGGGGAAAAUGGCAAAGAAGGAGGGAAAGAUGAAAGUUGCCGUACGUAUCCGGCCGUUCAAUCGGCAGGAAAUGGAAGCAAAUCAGCGGAUAAUUGUCCGGGUGAUUGAUGAGCAGAACUUGCUGUUUGAUCCGGAUGACGAUGAGGAUGAAUUCUUCUUUCAUGGCUCCAAAAUGAAGCAUCGGGAUAUCACAAAACGCGUCCGGAAGAAGCUGCCCAUGGAGUAUGAUCAUGUCUUUGGGGCGGAAGCUACGAAUGACGACAUCUACGAGAGAUGCAUGAAGCCCCUAAUUAGCUCGGUGAUGGAUGGAUACAAUUGCUCGGUGUUUGUGUACGGGGCAACGGGAGCUGGGAAGACAUUCACAAUGCUUGGCAAGGAGAAUGUUCCGGGGAUAACGUAUCUCACCAUUCAGGAGCUCUUCCGGCAGAUGGAGGAGCUCAGUGAUGAGCGGAAGUUUGACAUUGGGGUGUCCUACUUGGAGGUGUACAAUGAGCAGGUGAUGAAUCUCCUCACAAAGGUGGGACCGCUGAAGUUGCGUGAGGACUCUUCGGGGGUUGUCGUGAGUGGGCUGAGUUUGAAGCCAAUCUUCAGUUCAAAGGAGCUCAUUGGGCUCCUGGCACAGGGGAAUCUCAAUCGUACUCAGCACCCCACGGAUGCCAAUGCAGAGAGUAGCAGGAGUCAUGCAAUCUUCCAGGUUCACAUCCGCAUGGGGGACAGGAAAACCGGGCAGAAGCGCACCGUGAAGCUGUCAAUGAUCGAUUUGGCGGGUAGUGAGCGUGCCUCGAGUACCAAGGGGAUUGGGGUGCGUUUCAAGGAAGGCGCGAGCAUCAAUAAAUCCCUCCUGGCGCUGGGGAAUUGCAUCAAUAAGCUGGCCGAUGGGAUUGCCCAUAUCCCCUACAGAGAUUCCAAUCUCACGCGCAUCCUCAAGGAUAGCCUCGGGGGGAAUUGUCAAACAGUCAUGAUUGCCAAUGUUUCCCCAUCAUCCCUCAUGUACGAUGAUACCUACAAUACUCUCAAGUAUGCCAGCAGGGCUAAGAAGAUUCGCAUUGCCUGCAAGCAGAAUGUCCUCCGGGCGAAUCUCCCAGCGGAAUUCUAUGCGAAGAAAACUGUUGCGCAGGAAGAGGAGAUUGAGGCACUCAAGAAGCUCGUGAAGCAGCUGGAGGAGCGCAAUGCCAUCCAGGUGGCAGAAAUAAAACGUCUCGAAGCGGAGAAUGGAGCAAAUCAGGAGAACAUUCAGCCCAGGGAGCUUUCCCGGGAAGCUCCAGCACAGCCAGAUCUCAAGGAGACCUACAGGAGGAUCGAUAGGAUCUACGAGGAAAUCCGCAGCGCCAUGACAACGCUCAUUCAGAUCAACAGCAAGCAGAACAUUCUCAUUCUCAAGACAAAGUUCAAGAAGUGCAUUGAGGAGCAGAAGAAGCUUCUCUAUCUCGAUGGGACUCAAAUGAACUCGGACAUCUCCCGUUUGGAGGCAUCAAUAGACAAGUAUUCCCGCCAAGUGGAUGAUCAGAAGAAGAUGAUGGAUGAGUGGCAGGGCAAGUAUCAGGCACUAGUGAUGGAAUUGGAUGCCCUACGGCAGGAUAUUCAGGGGACAGCUGGGCAGGAGAUGGUGGAGAUGUACAUGAAAGCGAAGGAGCGUGAGAGGACAAUUAUGUAUCAGGAUCAGAGGCAUUUGCACAUCAAUAAGAUGAUGACGCUCAUCAAGAAUGACAUGGAGAGCGGCAAGGCGGCCCAGCUGAUGGGAUGUGAACUUGUGCAGCAAAUGUAUUUGCUAAUGCGGGCAAAUAAUGUGGCAAUGGAUGUGAAUCUCAAGCGGAAGUUGCAGAAGUUGGCGAAACUCAUUGAGGGGAAGGCGAGUAUAAAGUUUGCCGAUGACGAUCAGGAGGAUUCCUUUGAGGCAUUGAGUAAGAUUCGUGUGUUGGACUUUGAUGUGGCCGUCGUGGGUGUGGGUGGUGGGAAGAGGAUGCUCGAGGAUGACAGCAUGGGGAUGCCGGCGAAGCGAAAGAGGCUCCUUAUGGAUGAGGCGGCAGCAUCAACAUCACUGCCACCGGUACCCCUAUUUGCCCCACCCAAUCCCAAUGAGACGCAUGUCAUGAGUGGUGUGGCGCCCCUUGAGGAUGCCCCAGCUGCUCAGGAGAUGAAUCACACAUUCCGCGUCUCAACGGUCCUCACGGAUCAGAAGAGGAAUCUAAGUGGCAACAGCACAAAGGCUCACGCUGUGAGGUCGUCCCCAAAGAGAUUGGCAGGACUCAGUAAGGCCACAAAUAAUGAGAACAAACGCAAUUCCCCAUAUCGCGUAAAGAAGAGUCCCCGGACGAUGAAGAGACCAAUUCCAAUUGCCAAAGCAGGUUUGCCUUUCCGCAAUGGAAUCAAUGCGUUGCAGAAGAAGGAAUCAGCUGUCCAGAAGUUCUGGAAGUAAAAAACGGAAGAAGAAGAGAUUUUCAGAUGAAUUUUGAUUUAUAUUUUGUAAAUUAAUCGAGUGAAGAGACUGCACCAACAUGAGAGAAAAAUCAUAUUUUCAACAUUAAAAAUGUUUCAAAACAACAGGAGGAGCACAUAUUUUGCAAUUAAAAGAACAUUUUCCCAGCUAAAAAAAA